UCUGCUCCACGCUCACCGCAGCUGCCUCCUCUCUCAGCCAUGAUUGCCAGACAGCCAAGUGUCCGCGGAGUCUCCCGGGGCUUUAGCAGCGGCUCAGCCGUUGCCGCCGGAGUCAAGCGGGUGGCCUUCAGCUCGGCCUCCAUGUCUGGGGGUGCAGGCCGGUGUUCCUCUGGGGGCUUUGGCAGCAGGAGUCUCUACAACCUCGGGGGUCACAAGAGUAUCUCCAUGAGUGUGGCUGGGUCCUGCCAAGGCGGUGGCUACGGUGGUGCCGGAGGAUACGGUGGUGCCGGAGGCUACGGUGUUGGAGGCUUCGGUGCCGGGUUCGGGGCUGGCGGCUUUGGCGGUGGCUUUGGAGGUUCCUUCAAUGGUCGAGGUGGUCCUGGCUUCCCCGUCUGUCCUGCUGGAGGUAUUCAGGAAGUCACCAUCAACCAGAGUCUGCUGACACCUCUUCAGGUGGAGAUUGACCCAGAGAUCCAGAAAGUCCGCACCGCAGAGCGUGAGCAGAUCAAGACCCUCAACAACAAAUUCGCUUCCUUCAUUGACAAGGUGCGGUUUUUAGAACAGCAGAACAAGGUCCUGGAGACCAAAUGGAACCUCCUCCAGCAGCAGACCACCAGCACAUCCCCCAGAAACCUGGAUCCUUUCUUUGAGACUUACAUCAAUGCCCUGAGGAAACAUCUGGACUCUCUGACCAAUGACAAAGGGCGCCUACAGUCAGAGCUGAAGCUCAUGCAGGACAGUGUGGAGGACUUCAAGGCCAAGUACGAAGAUGAGAUCAACAAGCGCACAGCUGCGGAGAACGACUUUGUGGUCCUGAAGAAAGAUGUGGAUGCUGCCUACAUGAUCAAGGUGGACUUGGAGGCCAAGGUGGACAGCCUUAAGGAUGAGAUCAACUUCCUGAGGGUCCUCUAUGAAGCGGAGCUGUCCCAGAUGCAGACACACGUCUCAGACACAUCUGUGGUGCUGUCCAUGGACAAUAACCGGAACCUGGACCUGGAUUGCAUCAUUGCUGAGGUCCGAGCCCAGUAUGAGGAGAUUGCCCAGAGGAGCAAGGCUGAGGUCGAGUCCUGGUACCAGAUCAAGGUCCAGCAGCUCCAGAAUUCAGCUGACCAACAAGGAGAUAGCCUGAAGAGUACCAAGAACGAGAUCUCAGAACUCAACAGGAUGAUCCAGAGGCUGCGGGCAGAGAUUGAGAACAUCAAGAAGCAGUGCCAGACUCUGCAGGCAUCUGUGGCUGAUGCAGAGCAGCGUGGGGAGGUGGCCCUCAAAGAUGCCUACAGCAAACGUACAGAGCUGGAGGCUGCCCUGCAGAAGGCCAAGGAGGACCUGGCUCGGCUGCUGCGUGAUUACCAGGCUCUGAUGAAUGUCAAGCUGGCCCUGGAUGUGGAGAUCGCCACCUACCGCAAGCUGCUGGAGGGCGAGGAGUGCAGGAUGUCUGGAGAAUGCCAGAGUGCUGUGAGCAUCUCGGUGGUCGGCGGCAGUGCCAGCAUUGGCGGCAGUGCCUGCCUUGGCGGUAGUGCCGGCAUUGGUCUUGGCCUGGGUAGUGGUUUCGGCUCUGGUUCUGGUUCUGGAAGUGGCUUUGGAUUUGGUGGUGGCGUCUACGGCAGUUCUGGUACCAAGAUCACCUCUACCACCACCGUGACCAAGAGGUCCCAGCGAUAGAAGAGACGGGGUCCUGAUGCCCGGAGCCCAGCAGGGUCGGCCAUUGCUGGUGUCUCAAGCUCCUUCACCUCCUCUCCCGCUUCCUUCCCAGUGCUCAUCUUGUCAGAGUCUCCUCCCCUCUGCCCUGGUCCCUCAGUUCCGGGAUGAUCCUGGCUGUGGUGUGACCUCUGCCCUUUCGGAGCUUGGUAGCUUCUUGGUGACCCUCCUGCAGUGGGAGGGGUGUCUGAUUUCACCCCAAUGGACAGAAGGGAUGUAGACCAGAAACUCCUUCUUCAAAAC